AUGGAUUGGGAUGCAGCUGUGAAGGAGAUUGAUAAGGCGUGCGAGGCAGUUGCUGCUGGGAAAUUGCCAGCCUCCAUUUCUAAUCUUAGUUCUAAUUUCAACUGCAAUCAUCCCGAAAAUUGUUCGGGCCCUUCUGGGGAAUUGCAGAUAAAGGGGAAAAUUGAUGCUAAUUAUAGUUCAUUGUCUUCCACUAGACAGUCUACACUAGAUAAUUUUAUUGGGGUUUCUUCCGGAAAUUCGAAGAAGUUUUUCGGAAAGGUGGAAUCUUCGAAUGGGUUAGCUAGGGAAAAUGGUAGUGGUGGUUAUGCUGUUUGUGAGAAUGGUGGCGGUGUUGCUGAGUGUGAGUAUGCUGAAAUGGUUAAUAGAUGCGUGGCAAUUGACCCUGAAGCUGCCAAGACAUGGAUUUAUCCAGUGAAUAUCCCUCGUCGUGAUUAUCAAUUCUCCAUCACAAAGACCGCACUAUUCUCGAACACAUUAGUUGUCUUGCCAACAGGACUUGGAAAAACUCUUAUUGCUGCAGUUGUCAUGUACAAUUACUUUAGGUGGUUUCCUGAAGGAAAAAUUGUUUUUGCUGCUCCUUCUCGUCCACUUGUCCUGCAACAGAUAGAAGCUUGCCAUAAUAUAGUUGGAAUUCCUCAAGAGUGGACCAUUGAUCUUACUGGCCAAACAAAUCCCAAGAAAAGAGCAGAUUUAUGGAAAGACAGACGAGUUUUCUUUGUUACUCCACAAGUGCUGGAGAAGGAUAUACAUUCUGGUUCAUGUUUAGUGAAGCAUCUUGUAUGCUUGGUGGUUGAUGAGGCACAUCGUGCUACAGGAAACUAUUCCUAUUGUGUAGCUGUCCGUGAGCUGAUGGAUGUUCCCGUUGAACUAAGAAUAUUAGCAUUGACUGCAACACCGGGAUCCAAACACCUGACAAUUCAAAAUGUGAUUGACAAUCUUUGUAUCUCAACACUUGAGUAUCGUAGCGAAAGUGAUCCUGAUGUCCUUCCUUAUGUUAAUGACCGAAAGAUGGAGCUAAUUCAGGUUGCUAUGGGUGACGAGGCUGUUGAAAUAGAUAAUCUGAUUGUGGAAGUUGCCCGCCCUUUUAUUGCCCGUCUUAGUGUGUACGGAGUGAUGCAGAAGAGAGAUUUCCAGACAUUUAGCCCCCCGGAACUGCUUAAUUCAAGGGACAAAUUUCGUGAUGUACCCCCACAAGGCAUUCCGGUUACAAAGUAUGGAGAAGUUGAAGGUUAUUUUGGGGUUCUUCUAACUUUGUGCCACGUAAGGAGAUUGCUUUCGAGCCAUGGGAUAAGACCUGCAUUCGAGAUGCUUGAGGAAAAACUGAAACAAGGGUCUUUCGCAAGGUUGGUCAGUAGAAAUGAGAUUCUCCUGAAAGCAAAACUCUUAAUGCAGCAAACUAUUUCCCAUGGCGCCCCCAGUCCCAAACUGGCAAAAAUGUUGGAAGUACUUACUGACCAUUUCAAAGCAAAAGAUCCCAGAAGCUCCAGGGUCAUCAUCUUUUCGAAUUUUAGGGGCAGUGUCAGGGACAUACUCAAUGCACUCACAAACAUCGGGGAGUUUGUUAAAGCUACCGAGUUCAUCGGACAAAGCUCAGGAAUAAACUCAAAGGGGCAAUCACAAAAGGUUCAACAGGCUGUUUUACAGAAAUUUCGGACAGGUGGCUACAACGUGAUAGUUUCAACAUCAAUUGGUGAAGAAGGCCUUGAUAUCAUGGAGGUCGAUCUCGUCAUAUGCUUUGAUGCUAAUAUUUCGCCUUUGAGAAUGAUUCAACGUAUGGGGAGGACUGGAAGGAAGCACAAAGGACGCUAUGGAUGCACUUCCUUAGCUAGCUUACUAGUUUUAGCAUGUGAAGGGUCAGAGAUGAAGGGCUACAUGCGAAAGCAAGCAAAGGGAAACUCUAUUAAGAAACACAUGAACAAUGGUGGAAGGAGUAGCUUUAAUUUCCAUCCAAGUCCAAGAAUGGUCCCACAUGUUUUCAGACCAGAAGUGCAAUAUCUUGAGAUGUCAAUUGAAAAAUUCGUCCCUCGUGGGAAGAAAUCGAAAGAUUAUGACCCGGUCGAGAUGUCGGCAUACAAGAACAAGUUAACCGAUGCUGAGUCGAGUCUACUUGCCAAGUAUUUUACCCCUGGCCGGGAAAGUUCUUGGAGACCUUCACUCAUUGCCUUUCCGCACUUCCAAGCAUUUCCAUCCCCUGUGGACAAAAUCGUCCAUUCAUCUAGAACAGGGAUGCUAAUAGAUACAAUGCAGCUUUUGCAAGGGAUUCCAUGUUCUAAAGAUGACAAAGAUCAUAUUUCUGAGGAUGAAGAUAUUAUAGAUCCUUUCUUCAGGGUUGAAGCAGAGGGGUCUCAUGAAAAUUUGAUGGAAGAGAAGUCGGCUGAUCUUGCCAAUGAGGAAUUGAAAAAGGAAGUGGAAGAUGAUGUAGAAUUUGAAGGGUUUGCUAAAGAUGCGUGUAUUGAAGACUUUAAAAAACUUGAGCUUUGUGUGCAUACACCUCUUUUUGGUUCAGAGUUCGUAACAGUCGAUGAUGCUGGAAACGUUUUGGUUGCAUCACUACCACAACUUCCCCUCGGUUCCAUUGGUAAACACACUGAAUAUAGUAACAGUACUGCUUUUCCGUGCCAUUCAAAGCAUGAUCAAAGUCAUGAUGAGAGAAUUGUGCAAAAAGAUGACUUGUUUUCUGGGGAAGACGGAAUUCUUGAGUCCCCAGUUUCGAGCAGAAAGCCAAACGAGAUGGAAAUGUCUGAUGACGAUCAUAAUUUGGUGCAUGAACCGAGUGGUGAUUUUAGAGAUUUUGAGCUUAGUCCGAGAUUGACCAACUUCAUCGAAAGCGGCGUUGUUCCAGAAUCUCCUGUGAAUAGUACUGGAACUCCAAAUCACGAUGAAAAGAUUAUUGAAGAUGGCGGCCAGGGUAAAAUGGACGUCCAAUUGCCGAGUGAUAUUAAUAAUGACAUGCAAACGCCUGUACUACACAAAUCUAGCUCACCAAGUGUCCGCACGUCACCCAUUCCAUUUGGCAUAGAAAAGCAGUCUCCUUUUGCUACAGUAUCAAGCACUAGCGGCAGCAAAGAAUGGCUUUUGGAUGCUGAAGUGAAACCUCAGUCAGUCGAGCAGCCACGCAAGUUGAGAAGAUUGCGGAAACUUGGAGAUCACGAGUUGAAAUUUCCUUUGCAAUCUGAGGAAGAACAAACAGACCUGAAAAGAAAACUUCAAACUUCAAAGGGGGAAGUUGACAAACAAGUGCCAGCUAAGCUUGUCAGAGGUAAGAAGAAGAGAGCAACAGAUGCUGCUGUAUAUAUUGAAGAGGAAGCAGAAGUAUCAUCAGAGAGUGCGGCAUCUGACAAUGAGGAGGACGAGCAAGAUGACAGUUCAUAUGAAGACAGCUUCAUAGACGAUGGUGUGAACUUGACAUCUGUUAGCACACAGGCCGGUACCAGUCGGCCUGACAUGAUGGGAAUUUACAGGUUUCAAAUCAUUAACUUGUCCUCUUCGAGACCAAGAAAUAAAUGCUCAGACCUCAAAACUAUACCUCAUUAA